AUGUCCGCACAACGAGUCCGCGUCGGCAGCGCCAAAGAUGUUGCCCAGGGCAAAAUGAAAGAAUUCACUUUCGCAGGUGAAGGCGACGACGCAGUCAAGGUUCUCGUCUCCAACGUUGGUGGUCAACUCCACGCUACUUCCGCUAAAUGCACUCAUUAUGGUGCUCCCCUUGCCAACGGUGUUCUCACUGGCGAUGGAAGGAUCAUUUGCCCUUGGCACGGUUCUUGUUUCCACGCCAAGAACGGCGAAAUCGAAGACGCCCCCGCUCUGGACAGCCUUCUUAGCCUCAAGCUCGAGGUGGAGGGUGAUGAUCUUUUUGUGACGGCUGAUGCGGAGAAGUUGAAGGGUAAGCCGGGUGUGGCUCCUAGCUGCAAGGGUGGUGCUAGUAGCGUGGGUAAGGGCAAGGGAGUUGUGGUUGUUGGAGGUGGUGCUGGCACGAUUAACUGUGUGGAGGAGCUUCGCAAGAGUGGUUACCAGGGUGCUAUUACUAUUGUUUCGAACGAACGCGCUAUUAUCGACCGUACUAAGCUCAGCAAGGCUCUGAUUGCCGAUGCUGACAAGGUCACUUGGCGUAGCAAGUCCCACCUCAACAACGUGUUGGGCGUUCAGUUGGUGAACUCGACCGUUACGAAAGUCGAUGCACAGAACAAAUCGGUUCUUCUCGAGAACGGAAACAAGCUCGAGUACGAGAAACUCGUUCUUGCUACAGGUGGUAUUCCCAAGCGUAUCCCCAUUCCUGGUUCUGACUUGAAGAACGUGCUUGUGCUGCGACAGAUCAGCGACACAAAAGCCAUCAACGAAGCCGUGGGCAACGAGGAAGGUGACGAAUCCAAGAAGAGCAAAAACGUCGUCGUCAUCGGUUCCAGCUUUAUCGGUAUGGAAGCUGCCAUCGCCCUUUCCAAGCGAGCCAACGUUUCUGUUAUUGGAAUGGAAAAAGUGCCCUUCGAGCGCGUUCUGGGCGCUGAAGUCGGUGAGGGUCUCAUGAAAGCUCAACUCAAGAACGGACUGAAAUUCCACAUGCAAGUUGGUGUAGAACGCAUCGAUGGAGACGAAUCCUCCGGUCCCAAAGCCGUCGUUAUCAAGACUAACGAGGGUAAAGAAGAAUCUAUCCCCGCUGACGUUGUAAUUCUCGGUGUCGGUAUCUCCCCCGCCACCAACUUCCUCAAAGAAUCCGGCUUUAACCUGGAAAAAGACGGCGGCAUUGCCGUUGACUCGAAACUGCGCGUCACCGGCCAUUCGGACAUCUUCGCUAUCGGCGAUAUCGCAGCUCACCCCACCCGUGGUUCCGACCGUACUAGGAUCGAACACUGGAACGUUGCUUCUAACCACGGCCGUGCCGUUGCUAAGAUCCUCGCCGGCAACGAGACCGAUUAUGACAAGGUGGCUAUCUUCUGGUCUGCCCUAGGCUCGCAGUUGAGGUACUGCGGUAGUGGUGGGCCCCAAUUCGACAGUGUCUAUGUGGAUGGUAAGCCGGAAGAGCUCAAGUUUGCUGCAUACUAUGCGAAGGGGGAUGAGGUGGUGGCGGUGGCUACGAUGGGUGUGGAUCCGUUGAUGGUUCAGUGCAGCGAGUUGAUCAGGAUUAGGGCUAUGCCAAAGUUGAGCGAGAUUAAGGGAGGCAAGAAUCCGUUGGACUUGGAUCUUUCGCAGAUUUCGGCAAAGAUCUAA